AUCCUUGACCUCUGUCAUCAUCACCACCACCACCACCACCACCACCACCACCACUUCUGCCUUCACACUAGUCGUUGAAUAUGGACAUGGGACACGGUAUGCACAUGGGGAGCGGGGACUGUAAGGUGUCGAUGCUCUGGAAUUGGUACACCAUCGAUGCUUGCUUCCUCGCCUCGUCCUGGCACGUCACCACCCGCGGGGCAUUUGCCGCCUCAUGCAUAGGUGUGGCCCUCCUCGCCGUCUGUCUGGAGCUCUUUCGCCGACUGGGAAGGGAGUACGACGAGCUCAUCUCGCGCCAGUACCAAGCUGCUGCCGCUGUCGCCCGAGCUCCGUCGGCCGCGAUCUGGAAGAAUGGGCGACCGAGACAGACGGUCGAGAGCAGUGGCAGCUCCAUCAAGUCUAACGGCUCCAAUUCUAGUCGUGAAGCUAUCCAGACUUUGGCAGGGAAUGCGGACUGUUGUGCUGUACCUUCUUGCUCGCAGCAAACGCCAUCAUCUAGCUCCACUACCCCUGCGACGCAACAGCAGCAGCACGACGCCGAGGGUCAUCCUGGCCAAUCGUCUCGCACCUACACCUACCGUGUCACUCCACUGCAGCAACUGAUCCGCGCCCUACUCCACGCCGUCACCUUCGGCUUGGCCUACAUUAUCAUGCUCCUCGCCAUGUACUUCAACGGGUACAUUAUCCUCAGUAUAAUCAUUGGGAGCGGGGUGGGCAAAUUCCUUUGUGAUUGGAUGGUGGUGCGUAUUACGGUUGGGGGGGAGGCAGAGAUGGUGCAGAGCGCAAAGGGUACGCUGGGAAAGGAUGAGUUGACUGUUUGUUGUGGGUGAGGGGCGUGGGAGCCGCCCAAUUUCUGUUGUUCUUGUCAUCGAUCGAGAGUAGAGUAGAUUCGGAGGGCCCUUCUCAAUACCAGAUCUCACCGCUCAACUAUCUCUCUACGCCUCC